UCUUUGUGUAUUGACAUGGAGUCAUUUGUUCUAGACACAUGCUACAUGAAGGUACCUGGAUUUAGAGUGCAUUGUUAUCGGGUGCACAGUUUUGUAUAUGAGCGGGAUAUGGAGGUUUGUUAGCUUGAAGAUAUAGAUUUAUAGGGUGGAAAUGAACUUUGGAAACACGUUUGGCUCGUUCCGUUAGAACGUCUUCUAGUCUCAGCUUGCCCGAUUAGUGGCUAAAUAGUGUUUACAGCUAAAUUUGAUAGGUCCAAGAAGCCUAAAAAUGAAGGUCUAUAAACAUUCAAAGUCGCUAGUCUUUUGGAACGUCUGGUACUCUUGAUAAUUCUCCAUAAAACAGGACUAUUUCGUAUACCCAGAAGGUGAAGCCUCCUCUACUUGAAGAAAUGUUUAAUCGAGGUUAUUAAUUUAUUGGGAUCUUAUCAUAUCUCAUGUGAAGAAUUAUGCCCGUUACAUUUUUGCAUAUUACUUUUGAUUGAGAUUUUAUAAUUUUCUCAAAUGUUCUAAUCCAUGUCAGAAGAUUAUGUCAAAAUGUUUCCUCCUCAAGAAUCAGGAUAGAACAUUCUCUUCUAUUAAUUGAAGUGAGGGGAUCAGAUAUGUACAAAAAAAAAAAAAAAAAAAUUGCACUUCCAAAUAGGUAACGUUAUUAUCGACAAAGUCCUGAAUCAAACUAGAAACAAAACUAGUCGAGAAUGUGGGGCUUAUCCUGCGCCACCUCUGCGGCUUAUCCUGCGCUGCCUUCUAGAGCUUGUGAACCCACGGCCACUACUCGUUCCUGUUCUCCAGUCUCCGUCUCAUUCCCUACCAAUCACCAUUAUUCUCAGAAAGACAGUCCUUUUGUUCCAGCCGUUGUGGAAGCAGUGGAAUCCUUGCAUUCAGAGUUCAGAGCUGUGGAUAAUUUGGUAGCACGCAAUACCACUCGGGUUCUUAAAGCUUUCCAGAAUGCACGAGUUGGAUCUCAUCACUUUGCUGGAAGUACUGGCUAUGGUCACGAUGAAGCUGGGGGGCGUGAAGCUCUUGACCAAGCUUUUGCAGAAAUUUUAGGCGCUGAAUCUGCAAUAGUUCGCUCACAGUUUUUCUCAGGAACUCAUGCUAUAACCUGUGCUCUGUUUGCUUUUCUAAGGCCAGGAGAUGAGCUUUUGGCAGUUGCCGGUCCUCCCUAUGACACCUUGGAGGAGGUUAUUGGAAAGAGAGACUCUCAUGGCAUGGGAUCCUUGAUAGACUUUGGAGUGAAAUACCGUGAAGUUCCACUUGCUGAAGAUGGUGGCCUUGACUGGGAUGCGCUUAUGCAUGCUUUGAAACCUGAAACAAAAUGUGCACUCAUACAGCGGUCAUGUGGUUAUUCAUGGCGUCAGAGUUUAAGUGUGGAUGACAUAAGGCGAGCAAUUGAGAUAAUAAAGAUGCAGAAUCCUAACUGCCUGGUCAUGGUGGAUAACUGUUAUGGUGAAUUUGUGGAAAGCAUUGAACCUCCAAUGGUGGGUGCAGAUUUAAUUGCUGGCAGUUUGAUAAAAAAUCCUGGUGGAACUAUAGCCCCAUGUGGUGGAUAUGUUGCAGGAAGGGCAAGAUGGGUAAAAGCAGCAGCAGCUCGUCUGUCUGCACCUGGCCUUGGAGUUGAUUGUGGCUCAACUCCUGGUCACAUUAUGAGAGCUCUUUUCCAAGGUUUGUUCCUUUCACCUCAAAUGGUCGGCGAGGCUAUCAAGGGGACUUUCCUAGUAGCUGAAGUAAUGGCUUCCAGGGGGUAUAAGGUGCAGCCACUUCCUCGUGUUCCUCGCCAUGACACAGUGCAGGCCGUACAGCUUGGAAACCGUGAGCGCCUUCUUGCUUUCUGUGAGGCUGUGCAGAGGAGCUCCCCAGUCGGUUCGUUCACUAAACCAAUUGCGGGUACAACUCCUGGAUAUGCAUCCGAGGUGAUAUUUGCUGAUGGAACCUUUGUUCAUGGGAGUACAAGUGAGCUUUCAUGCGAUGGACCAUUAAGAGAGCCAUUCGCUGUAUUUUGCCAGGGUGGCUCCCAUUGGACUCAGUGGGGACUAGUUCUUGGGGAGGUUUUACAAGCCAUAUAAAGUAGAACAAAGUUUUUCCAGUGAGGACAGCUGACAGCAUGAUUAUGAAAUGCAAUGUCUAUAAGGAAGUUAAUUAUUUCUAAUUUUGCAAAGCAGGAGUAUAGAAUGCCAGUCUCAAGUUAUGUCCUUGCCCCAAUUCCUCAAAAUACAACAGCAGUGGCAUUUAAUCUGAAAUUUCCCGAAAGAAGGUGUAACGAAUUUUAUAUUUUUAUUAGAUGCUCUGUGUUUAACUCCUGUAUUUUUGUGGUUUGUGUGACGUGAGGAUAAGUGAUUUCAUACUGGUCACCAAUUCAAUUUUGGGUAAUGAUGUGUUGCAGUUACUUGGUGGCUCAGUUUAUUGGAAAGGAGCUAUUACGUGAUUCCCAGGAGACAAUCUGGAUACUGCUUUAAGGGGCAAA